AUGAUGCUUCAAGCUAUAAUCACCUCGGCUGUCCUUGUGAUGGGCGCCUUGGCUAAGCCAGCAGCUUUCAGGGACAGCUCCCUGCCUCAUCCGCUGAAGAGGACGUUUGACCGCCGCAAUGAUUUCAGCAGCGGCGGUACAUUCUCAGUGGACCUCGUGCGCAACAAUGCGUACAAAAACAGCGGACCGAUCGAGUACGCGAAAGCAUAUGCCAAGUAUGGCAAGAGCUUCGCAGAGCAAAUGCAGUCCAAGUUCCAGCUUCCGGCCGGCUCUGUGGCUGCCAUCAACCAGAGCUACGAUCGUGAGUACCUAAGCCCCGUGUAUCUAGGAACUCCAGGGCAGCUGUGCUGGCUGGACCUCGACACCGGCUCGGCCGACCUGUGGCUCUUCAGCUCCGACACGCCCUCUUUUUACCUUGAUGGCCAGCAAAUAUAUCACCCAGAGAAGUCUCACACGGCCAUUCCGGUGGAAAAUGUGACAUGGGCCAUCACUUACGGCGACGGGAGCUACGCCGGGGGCGCCGUCUACCGUGACACCGUUUCGUUGGGUAACAUCACGCUGCUUAACGCUACCGUCGAGUCGGCCACGGCGGUAUCCCGCAGCCUGACCACAGACGCUGUCAUGUCCGGUAUCCUCGGGCUCUCUCUGAAUCACUCUAGCACCACGUACCCGCACCAGCCGACCUUGCUACAGGCGCUUGCUCCGCCUGUCUUGGACCGCUACGUGUUCGCGGCCGACCUCCGCUACAAGGCGCCUGGCUCGUACCAUUUUGGCUACAUCAACGAGAGCGCUUACACCGGCACAAUAGCCUGGAACGACGUACUGCAGCGGUCAACAUUCUGGGAGUUCUAUGUGCAGUCGGUUCACUUUGGUGGCGACAAGGUGUGGCGUCUGCACAACUGGCCGAUGGUGGCGGACACCGGGACGUCGUUGCUGCUGCUGCCGUCAGAUGUGACGGCUCUGUACUGGUCGCUUGUGCCGGGCGCGUACCAGAGUGACUCAUUCUUUGGAUGGGUGUUUCCGUGCAACGCGACACUGCCCAGCUUUGAUUUUGGUUUUAGCAGUGGAUGGAACGCGUCCAUUCCGGGACACUACUUCAACUUUGAGAAUGUCAGCACGACAGAGUGUUACGGCGGAAUCCAGGAUAGUAUGGAGACGUUUGGGAUCCUGGGCGAUGCCUUCCUCAAAGCCCUCUAUGUCGUUUUUGAUGUGAGCGGGUCUAGAGUUGGGCUGGCUACGAAAACCCUGCUUGCCUAG